AUGGGAGAACAGACGCGUACGAAGCGUCUUCAAAACUUUUUCAUUGAAUUUAAUCUAUUUAAAAGUGGUGAAAACAGCGCCGAAAACCUGCGAAUUCAACGCUGGUCAACGCGUUUAUACAUCCCAAUUUUGUCCUUCUUAAUGACGAUUCUUCUCGUUUAUACAUCACUGCAAACUCAAUCGAAACAAAUUCAAAUCCCCAAUCCAUCAUUGCAAACUUAUACUAAACUUUACCAAACAUAUCCGAACGCAGAAUGUCCUUGUAAACAAAUAUCCAUAUCAUACAAGACGUUUACUGAACUAUCCGCCAAAUUUCAUCAAGUUUGCUCAAGUGAUUUUGUAUCGGAAGAAUGGAUUCGACUUCUUUAUGAGGCAAACUCGACAACCUUACGUUACGUUGUUGAUUUCCGUGCAACUGCAUUCAACCAGUUUCAAAUUCUUCGACAGUUAUGUCAGUUAUCUUCGACGACAAUUAGUGAUGGAAUUGAAGCAUUUUAUCAGAAGUCUUUGAUUUCAGGCAAAUUGUUAAAUAAAGAUUUAUUUUCGGCGCAAGUUCAAUCAGAUAUUUCGACAUUUACGAGAAUAACAACUGAAGAGUUUCUUCGCUCGUUAACGUUUAUGCGUUCAUUCAUGAGUGGAAACGAAUUGUUAACUGUAAUUGAAACCGCCUAUACGCUCAUAAUUGACUUUCAAGUAGAAAAUUUAGUGCCACCACUAAUUACAAACUUUUAUACUGAAAUCGAUGGAACACAUUGUGGUUGUGACUCCGAUUUAUCCUGUCACAUGACUGUAGGGUUUUAUGAUUUUGAGAUGACAAGUAGAUAUGAUGCAAGUUAUAACCUUACUCAAGUUUAUCCACGAGAAUUUCUCUACGGCUGGAAGGUCGCUUGUUGGCCAAUGGAAUCUCUUCUUCUAUCAACAUUGGAAAGUUUCUAUAACCAAACCAUUGUUAAUCGCAUCGUUUUCUAUAUGAAUUCAUCAGCACUCUCUGGUCAUUUCAAAGCAUUGAAUUCGUCGAGAGAUAUUCAUUUUACAUCGAAUGAGAUAAUUGAAGAUCUUGCCAACGAAUUAUUUGUUGAUCAAUGGUUACAGCAAUCGAAUUACUCAUCGUAUUACUCGCAAUGUCAACCACAGUAUUGUCAAUAUGACGUCAGUGAAAGACCUGCAGUGUUAUAUAUUAUUACAUCGUUACUUGGUCUUUACGGUGGGCUAUCGGUUGUUCUUCACCUAAUUAUUCCUUAUUUCAUUUCAUUUAUUCUUCAACAUUUACAACGGCAAACAGUUGUUCAAGAAGAAACGGUUCAUCAUGAUUGGUCGCUGCGGCAAUGGAUUCGAAAGAUUGUCGACCUUAUACUGCAUUUAAAUCUGUUUCGAUCGGCAUUACGAAAUGCGCCGAAUGAUUUGAAACAACAAAUUUGGUCAACGCGACUUUAUUUAUGUCUGAUCUUUCUUUCUUUUUCCAUUCUAAUGGUUUACUCAUCAGUUAUCCAACAACGACGAAUAAUUCAGCUCGCUGAACCAUCAUUCGAAACUGUUCAACAAUUAGAAACAAAAGGACAUGUUCUAACAUGUCCAUGUGCAUAUUUAUCGAUUAAUUAUGAAUAUUUAUUCGAGUUACAAGCGAAUUAUCAUCAAGUCUGUUCAAGUGAAUUCGUCUCGGAACGAUGGAUCGAUUAUUUAAAUACAAUUGCCGAUAGUUCCGAAGAUAACUAUGACAAUCGAGAUUUUCGCACGAUAGGUUCUUCAAUAUUUCAUUUACUUAGUUCGAUGUGUACUUUGUCUCAAACCACCGUUCUCAACGCGCUUUACGAAUUUAACCAAAGGCAAUUGAUAACCAACGAACUUCUUUCGUUGGACAUAUUUACAAAUCAAAUCAAUGCAAUCAUUCAACAGUUUCAAAUUACAUUACCAAAUAAUUUAUUGAGUUUACUUCAACUAAUACGUAACUUGACCAAUGUCAAUCAAUUCAUUUCGGGUGGUUAUUCAAACUUCGCUGUUCUGUAUUCUGACAAUCAAACGAUUCCCUUUUUACAGUCGGAUGGCUUCGUCUCAACUUUUGCUAAUGGAACUACAACCAAAUGUUACUGUUCGAAUGACUUCACAUGUCAAACUGAAACAUCCCUCUUUCAUUACAACGAAGAUCAUCAACCAAAUGGAUCCUAUUAUCAUGUCCCAAACUUUUACACUGGAUGUUAUCCAAUCGAAUCGUUACUUCGGUCAACAUUACAAUGCUUCUACGAGAAUAGUCCAUGUUUUGAUAUUGUGAAUAACAUCACUGAUGAGGAACUUUAUCAAAACUUUACUCGAUUGAAUUCGAAUAGAUCCAGUCGAUUCGCGAUAAAUAUUACAGUUGAUGACCUUCUUCAACAGUUAUUUAUUGAUUCCUGGUUGACAACACUGAAUUAUUCAUCGUAUUUUCAGAAAUGUCAACCAAUUUAUUGUGAAUAUACGAUUCUUCAACGAAAAGACGCAGUAGAAAUUGUAACAACUAUAACUGGUCUUAUUGGAGGAUUAGCGACAAUAUUUAAACUCGUCUCACCAUACGUCAUUUCCAUUAUUUUUUAUUUAAUUCGUCGUUUCAUGGGAAUUGAGAACUCGCAAAAUGAAAAUAGACAUGACUCGCUUCAUUUGCGUGAUGUGCCGAGAAAAUUGCGCGAAAUUUUACUGAAUGUAAACAUAUUCGAAGGUCCUGAUAAUCUGACAAUGGAUUCGAAUAAAAUUCGCCGAGAAAAACAAUCCACACGUUUAUAUUUUAUUUUACUUUGCAUCGCACUUUCGAUUCUCAUCAUUUAUACUUCAUUAGUUUAUCAAAAUAAUCAAAUUGUAGUCGAAAUAUCUUCUCUCAAUAGUUUUCUUCAGUUUCAAGAUUCGUACAAUUCAACCUUCGUUGACUGUUCAUGUACAACACUAUCGAUCAUUCAAUCGACAUUCUAUGAAAUCGAACCAACAUUUCACGCGAUAUGUUCCAGCGAAUUUAUCGCUGAACCAUGGUUAGACAUGUUAUUGCAAAGUUCAUUUCAUAAUGGAACGCCAACGAAUGUGUUUACUUUUAAUGAUACAGCAUUCGCACAAUUUCGGACUUUGUCAGUGCUAUGCGACUUGACUAAACAAGUUGUUCUUGACGGACAAGAGUUAUUUCUUCAAACAAAAAUCGUAUCAUCACAAAUGCCGAAUAAAACCUUGUUUGAUUUGCAAACAGCUGAAAUUAUUGAUGAGUUUAAGUCGUCAUUGCCGAAUACAUUUCUCCAUAAUCUUCAAAUGUUUCUUGGUCUUGCACAAGGAAAUGGUUUUAUUUCGAUCUAUUCAGCUGAUUCGUAUCUUUAUGUUAGAGAUCUCGAUAUUGACCCAAGUAUUUAUCUGAAAUCUCAAUCUUACGACGAUUGUGAUUGCGCUCUAUCAUCUGCGUGUGUCCAAAAUUCCAUUCCAAAUAUCGACGGAUAUUUCGUUGGAUGUUCACCGUUAGAAUCUCUUCUUCAAUCGACAUUUCAGUGUUUAUAUAAUCAAGAGUGUAUUCUACAAAUGUCAUCUGCGAUUAAUUCAUCAUUUCUACCGACUCCACUCAGUCAAAUUCAAUCAAAAUAUCCAAUUAACAGUAAAGUUGACGAGAUUGUUGAACAAAUGUUUAUCGAAUCGUGGUCAAUAAAUAUUUCAUACGAAAACUUCUUCGACCAAUGUCAACCAAAAUCAUGUUCAUAUAUUGAAACUGAACGAUACAAUAUUGUUUAUAUGAUGACGAUAUUACUUGGUCUUUAUGGUGGAAUAACUGUUUUAUUAAAACUUACUGUUCCUCUAUUCAUUCAUCAAUUCUCUAAAUUUAUCAAUGGGCUUCGUCGUAGAAAUCAUCGAAUCGUGCCUGUUUGA